GAAUAGGAAACAUCUGGCAACCCGGUCUUUCUCACUGCGGAACUCAAACACGGGUGGAUACCUGUAGUAGAAAACAGGACGGUGCUAAUUAGUGCUAGUUAGAUAUUAAUUAUACACACUUUACGGGUUAAUAAGCAAUUUUACCAAAGGUAUUCAACUGGAAAAAGUGCGCGAAGACUGGAAAACUGCAUUGUUUAGGUGCAGCUUUAAUUAGCUUUGCCCACCUGCAAGUUAGCCAGCUAGCAUAAAGUGAAAUUCAAAUGUCGGGCUUUAGAUAGGCUUUCCCCCAGCAGUCAUGACGGAAAGAAGAGAGCAGGUACAGCUAAGGAACAACCCUCGCAGGCAGCUGAAGAAGCUUAGCGAGGACAGCCUGACCAAGCAGCCCGAAGAAGUGUUUGAUAUAUUGGAAAAACUUGGAGAAGGGUCUUAUGGCAGCGUAUUCAAGGCACAUUACAAAGAGACUGGGGAGAUUGUGGCAAUUAAACAGGUUCCUGUGGAGUCAGACCUCCAGGAAAUCAUCAAAGAGAUCUCCAUUAUGCAGCAGUGCAACAGUCCACAUGUGGUGAAAUAUUAUGGCAGUUACUUUAAGAACAGCGAUCUGUGGAUUGUCAUGGAGUACUGUGGGGCCGGCUCUGUGUCUGACAUUAUCAGACUACGGAACAAAACCUUAGGAGAAGAUGAAAUAGCUGCCAUUGUACAGUCUACUCUUAAGGGACUGGAAUACCUGCACUUCAUGAGGAAGAUCCACAGAGACAUCAAAGCCGGAAACAUCCUGCUGAACUCGGAAGGACAGGCCAAACUUGCUGAUUUCGGUGUUGCAGGGCAGCUAACUGACACAAUGGCGAAACGUAACACAGUGAUUGGAACACCAUUUUGGAUGGCUCCAGAGGUUAUUCAGGAAAUUGGCUAUAACUGUGUAGCAGAUAUUUGGUCUCUGGGCAUCACCGCUAUAGAGAUGGCUGAAGGAAAGCCACCAUAUGCAGAUAUACACCCUAUGAGGGCAAUUUUCAUGAUACCAACAAAUCCUCCACCAACUUUUCGGAACCCUGACCAGUGGUCAGAACCAUUUAGAGAUUUUGUGUCGCAAUGCCUGGUAAAAAAUCCUGAAGAUAGAGCAACAGCCACACAGUUAUUACAGCACCCAUUCAUAAAGAAUGCUAAGUCCAACAGUGUGCUGAAGGCACUAAUCACAGAGUCUAUGGAGCUCAAACUCAAGAAACAGGAGAUGCAGCAAAGAGAACAGGAUGCAGAGGAUGAAGAAAACUCGGAUGAAGAUGAAGUUGAUCAGGGUACAAUGGUGAGGGCCAGUACAUCAGAUCUCGGGACUGUACGUGCCGCUGGGUCGCUCGGAAGUUCAUUAGGAACAAUGAUUGAGCACAAUGACAGCACCUUGGAUUCUCAGCUUGGCACCAUGGUCAUAAACUCGGAGGACGAGGAAGAGGAUUCAAGCACAAUGAAACAUCAUCACGAAACAAUGCAGCCAGCGAAGCCAUCAUUUCUGCAGUAUUUUGAACAAAAAGAGAAGGAGGACAACAAAAACAGUGACAACAACUGUCACAAACUGCCCACAGAAGGUGACAUGGAGGUGAUACGGUCCUUAAGUGUAGAGGAGCUAAGAAGACGCCUGGCCUCCCUGGACCCUCAAAUGGAGCAGGAGAUUGAAGAGAUCCACCAGCGCUACCAGGCCAAACGCCAGCCCAUUCUUGAUGCCAUUGAGGCCAAAAAGCGACGUCAGCAGUCCUUUUGAUCCAGCUGAAGAAACUCUUAAGGAUUCCCCAGCAAUGUUCAAUGCUGUCAGUUACCUAUAAAGGUACCUGUGCCAGUCCCAGCUACGUGUUUUUUUUUUUUUUUUUUUUGUUGUUGUUUGUUUUGUUCUUUCUCCCCCCCUUUUAUUUUUUGGUUUGUUUGUUUAACUUACAAAUCUCUCUUUGUAUUUGUUGUUUUAUUAUUUUGAAAUCUGUUGCUGUAUCUACACCACUGUUGGUACUAGAUUUUUUUUGUUGCUAUGGGCUCAAAAAGCAGGGAACAACAUUUUGUCAUACACUGUUUGACUUACUGCACUUUUUUUUUUUUUUUUUUAAAGACCUGUUACUUUGGCAUGUAUGUUGUAUGUUUUUUUUAUUAUUAUAGUUUUAUUCAAAUAGCUGUAAGUAGUCAUAAAACUAAAGCUCAAAAUUAGAUUGGAUAUUCUUAUAUUUAUAGGAUCUUCGAAAGCAGGCAAACAUUUGCCUUCUAGCUGAUAUGCAGAUUGUAUAGAUUUAACUUGAAGUUUUUUUUUUUUUUAAACACCAGCUCUUUCACAUCUGCUGUACUAGCAAAUGAUGUUUGCUUAAUAUAGGUACCUCCAAGAAUGAUUAUGCGAGGUUAAAGUCAUAAAAAUCUAACUGUCUUCAGUAGUAAUAGAUGCAUUAAAAUUAAAACAUGCCUGCAUAAAAAAAAAAAAAUUAUUCAAGUGACCUAGAAGAAAACCUAUAUUUUACAAUUGAGUAUUGAACUGCUGUACUAUCCACACCUCAAUGUUCACAUUCCUGUUGGACAUAUUCUUCGAGCAGCAGCAUAUAACAGUGUUUGGUCACUUAGGCAUUGAACCGGGUUGUGUUCACAAAGUAACACUUUAUGCUACUGUACAAAGAUUUUAUAUUUCCACAUGAGCUAGUUGUAACACAGGCAAACAGAAUGCUAUCAGAGUCCCCUGCCAAGUGAUGAAAUCGGUCUCACCCAACCAGAUACUACUAUAAUCAAUUCAGUGGGAAAUCUUUUUGAUAACCAGAUAUCAUUAAAACCAUAAUGCUCAGUUUAAACUUGAUCAUUGUGUAGUUUAAGCAUCAAUAUUCUUUAUCAAAUGACCACAACUUUACUCAACAUAUACUUUAUGUUGCACUCUAUGUACUCUCUGCAAGGACAUGAGGAAAAUGUAUGGCACCCCCCUGUUUUGGUCAGCUCUGUUAGAAUAUGAGAUUUGAUAUAAUGAUUGAUGUGAUUUAAUUUAAUUUACAACACAAAUGCUGCAUACUGACAUUUUUAACAUCUCUAAUGGUUAAUGUCAUCAUAUCGGGCACUAUUGAAGUAAGGUAAGGUGACUAGAAUAACCAAUUUUAUAAAAUAGAUUAUUUUUAACUUUAAAAGUUUUGCAAGCCUGGUAUUUUUGUAGCACAUUUGUACAUUUGUCCCUGCAAAUUAGGUUCAGGUUUAAUCGACUCAGGGUAUAUUUGUAUAGCAAUCCAUAGCUACUGUGGAAGACAUGUAUACUGUUUAUUUACCCACAGAAAAACCUCCCCAUUUUUGGUUUUGGAUGAUUAGCUUAAAAGCCUUCUUCUUUGUAGUUCUUCUUUUUGGAUCUUGUUACACUUUGUACUUACAUGACUGAGAGUUUUGUUAUCAGCCCUAUAGAAUAUUAAUGCCAGCUGCUUCUUUUCUUUGUUUAAUGCACAAUGUGAAUACAGAACCAAUGUCAGUACACCUCAUAUCAGUACACCUGUCCUUACACUGGUCCUGAACAAUGAUUUUGUCUGUGCCUUAAAUUAUGAAAAAUCUAUUUGCAAGUGUUUAAAAAUUUGGAUGUUAGUUUGUUUUAUGUGUGAAUAAUAAACUGGAUUCAUUAUAA